AUCCUAUUGCAAAAUUACCAGUUGCGUAAUGGUAUAGUGGAAAUUGCUGGGAAAACGCACCCAUACGAGCUAUGCUUCAACGAAGAUUGUCGCAAGUUUGUAGGCGAUGGCAUAGCUAUGACUUAUGAGCUGCCUAUCUCGCCGCUUCAUAAUGCAACCAACGUUACCGUCAACUACAUCAACAAUGAAGGGCCAAUGGUCUUUACAACUAUUUGCGCAAACCCUGAGUUUUGCUCAAAAUCAAAUUCACUAUUCAGUCCAUCAUUAUUAGGCAAUCCCCACUGCUGGCCGGUGGGUGCUAUUGUAAGUGUAGCAUUGAUUGCGUAUUUCAUGAUGGUAAUCAUGAUAAUACCAAUCUGGUUUAUCGUAUCUCUGUUUAGGUCCAGGGAUAGCCAGCCUUCAACUAACAUUCAAAUCAAUUGUAACAAUACCACUCAUGCUGAAAAUAUUAAUCUUCAUUCCUGGAACCCAGCGCCUCUGAGCGCGGCCAUUUGUAAAGGUGCAGCAGCCUGCCAACAUGGCUUUACAAGGCAUGCGACUGAUAUCAUCUGUAACCAGGAUGGAAUUUGCAGCUACGAGUUCAGCAGGGAGUUUCUAUUCAAUAGAAUACAAACUGUGCACUGUAUAGAGAUCCGUUCACAAAAUAAAACAGUUGGGUUUCUGAAAAUGAGAAACACUGCAGUAAUCCUGACAUGUUCGAAAGUUUCGAAAUUCUUCUCUAAAAGCACUGAACUCAGAAUUUACUCUAGAGUUAGAUGUGCACAGAUGGGGUCAUGUCAUGGAAAUGUGUGCGAUCUUAUGCGCCCUAACCAGACGGUAUCUGAGCUGUCAAGAGCAAGAAAGUACCCAGGGUACUCGGGAUGUCAAUACACAUGCGGGGGCUUAAGCUGUGGAUGCGCUCUACCUUCCCCUUCAUGCACCUUUUACAGGGUUGCCCAUGUACCCAUUUCGAAGCAAGUAUUUGAAAUAAUAGAAUGCAGAGACUGGGUACCUAGCGUGCAGGUUGAGUUGGAAACAACUCUGUUCGGAAAGACCCAAAAAGGAAGUCUUUUCUUAGAGCCGUACCUCACUUCAAAGUUCUACACUUUCAACGUUACAGCUGUGUCAGUGCAGAAACCAACGUUAUCUUUGCUUGGUAAGAGGUUCGCUAUAUCACAAAAUAGAUCCAUGAUCUUACCGGACCAGUUCGUGGUACCGGUCGAAUGUGCAACCCUCGAAGAAGCAACAAUGAACUUUCAGAAUUGCGUUAAUAAGAUUAUCUGUGACUGUAACACCGGUUGGACUAAGCACCAUUGCCAAUGUCCACAAACAUCGCUCCGGCAAAUCAGUACUAAUAGUGAUCAUAUACUGCCACUAAGUACGCCAUCCAUGGAGAUACACAGCAAUGGCAGAGAGAUAUUCGCUAUCUCAGCUGACGUUGAAUCAACUGUUACAGUACAAUCCAGAUUUCUUAUGGAAACCGUCAACUUUGUCGACGAUGAGAAAUGCAAAGUGGAGCUAAGUUCGUUGACAGGAUGCUAUAACUGCAUUCAAGGAGCACAAAUCACUGCUCUCUGUGAAACGAAAAAUCCCACGGAAGUUGCCGUGCACUGCGCGCACAACACAUUCGUCAUAGAAUGUGGUCCAACGAAUCCGCAAAACGUAGUUAAACUCAGCUACGACCAUGCAGUAGUCAACCAGCACUGCUUCAGCGUAUGCGGUAACGAAAAUGUUACUAUACCGCUCAAUGGUACCCUUUUAUAUCAUGCUGAAAGGCACCAAUCAGUAUUUGAUUUCAACCAGGAGUUGAAACAUAAACAAAAUUUCAUGGAGUCGAUAGCAGACAUCAAAAUACCGGACUUAAGUCCACUAUUAAAUACCAUACGAGCUCAUUGGAAGCUUGCAAUGGUUGCCGCUACAUCCGUUAUGUUUAUUAACGAAACUAUCAAGUGC